GACUCACCUGACGUCGAUUUAAACCCACAGUAUAAUAGUGAGUGCAGGCAGGUAGCGUUAGUAACGUUCAGCCGCAUCAGAGCUCGCAUCCAUAAUGAGGGAUAUAAUUGUUCUGUGUCUUCUGGCGCUCGUUGCUGGCGCUUCAGCAUGUACUUGCAAAUCCAUGAAAUGGGCGAACUGUGAAGAAAAUCCAUGUACGUGCACACUACUUGUUGGCAAUGCCGUGAAGCAACCGAUCAACUGUGAUCAGCUGAUUCCCAAAUGCUUCCUCAUGAAGGCUGAGAUGUACCGUGCGAGGAAUAACCUCUCUACUAGGUCUUUUGGUGGGAAGCCAGUCGAGACCGCGUUUGUGGAUAACGAUGGGAUCUACGAUCCGGACUGUGAGAGUGAUGGCCGUUUCAAGGCUAUUCAGUGUAACAACACUGAAACUUGCUGGUGUGUCAACAGCGCCGGUGUCCGCCGGACUGAUAAAGCAGACAAGAACCUGAAGUGCGAGCCAGUGGAGACCUAUUGGGUCCGCCUUGAGCUGAAACACAAGGAUCAACCUACCCCGCUUGAUCUGACGCAACUGAGGACUGGGAUCGAAAACACCUUUUUAAGCCGUUAUGCAAUCAACAAAACUUUUGUCGAUAAAGUUGAGUAUGACCCAAAUGGGCGUAUGAUCGUUGUCGAUCUGAAGAAGCCUAUGGGAGACCGUACUGUAGACCUGCCCCGCUUGUCUUACUACUUGGAGAAAGAUGUGAAAAUCUUGCCCCUUUUCAAAGAGCAAACUGGGUUUUCAGUCGGCGUCAACGGAAACCCGGUGGAAAUGGAGAACAUCCUGGUCUACUAUGUAGAUGAGAAGGCGCCUACUUUCACAAUGUCCAAACUGACUGGCGGUGUGAUUGCUGUGAUUGUGGUUGUAAUCCUUAUUCUGCUCAUUGGCCUCCUAAUUCUGUUUUUUGCCAAGAGGAAGGAGCAGGCCAAAUACAGCAAGGCACAGCCCAGAGAGAUGGAGACCAUGUCAUAAAAGCUGCCAAGGCCUACAACUGUUAGUCUUUAAACUCUGGAGUCCCUUGCACUCAUCUGCUGUAUAUUAAUUUUUUGGGGGGUGUUCAUUUUCUGUGUAAUGUUUUAAAUAAGUGCCUGUUACAUGCUUUAAGCUUUUAUGGUUGAAGCUUCUCUUCUGAUCAGGAUGGAGAAAUGUCUGCCUUGAUUUGUCUGAAUAUAGCCAUUUUUAGUUUUAAGAUAUUUGGUUUAAUUAAUACAUGUACAGUUUGUCAAGUGUCAUUGUUUUUAAUAAAAAGUUUGUCUUA